UCAAGCGGUGUUUUACAGCGAAAGAAAUGUCUUUAAUAACGAUUCUCUUUGUCAUCACGGCAGCGUGUGAUGUGCUUGGAGAAGGAGGAAGAAGGAGAACUCCUGCACCCGCAGUGGACUCAUCUGCCUCACAAAGCGGUGUCGGUACAUCUAUAAUAGUUUCCUCUGGACCGGCGAAUAGAUAUGAUCUGGGUUCAGCAGCCGCUGCAAUUUCAGGUGGUUCCAACCUUGUAAGCGGACCGGGCUAUGGUGCUGCACCUGUACUCACCAAUGUUGCGGGCAGCAGUGCCCCGUUGAAUAACGCCGCUGCUGUUGGUGCCGCUCAACUCAGUGCUAUCCAGAACGCACAAGCCGUGCAAGUUGCUCAAAUAGCAAACGCUGCCGCUGCUGCCAUUCAAGGUGCGCGUGUCGCAGAAGUAGCUGCGAGAGCUGGACAAGCUAACGCUCUUCAGAAUGCUCAAGCCUUUGACGCCACUCGGAUCGCUAAUGUACAAAGAGCUCGUGCUGCUGCUUAUGAAAACGCUCGUGCUGCAGAAGCGGCAAGACGUGCCGCUGCCGCUGCGGCAGCUGAGGUCGCACGAGCUGUUGAAGCGGAACGCAUUGCGAAUGCAGCACGAGUUCAAGCGGUUGCCAUCGCUAAUGCUCGAGCUAUAGAAGCCUCACGUAUCUCUAACGCUGCCAGAGCUCAAGCCGCUGCUGUUGCUACUAGUGCCGCUCAAGCCCAGGCAGUGGCAGAUGCAGUAGCCAGAAAUACUCAAGAUGGAGGUCUUUUACUCGGAUAUGGCGGUGGUUAUGGCAAUAAUGUUGCACCACUGGCUGUUGGCGGAGGAUAUUCUCUUGGUGGGGUUGGAGGUGGUUGGAAUGGGUAUGCCGGAAAGGGUCAUUAACGUAUAACGUAGCAAGACAAACUUAAACACUAAAGAUUACCACAAGCAAACCAUAAAGCAUAGAUCAAUGUAUAUCAUUUCAUUGUCUCUGUGAAAAUGGCGUGCCUGAUAGAUUUAAAAUAUAUUUUGUAAAUAUGAUUAUAGAUAGUAAUGAAACUUAU